CUUCAAUGCACCGUCCGCGACAUAAAUAUCUUAUACCAUCAUUCCGGUGCUAAUCCUACUGGUGCUCUUGUUGGUACUGACUGAGAGCUAUCGACUCAGGCUCCCACUUCUCGUUUGCAGUGCGUAUUUUGCUUUCAAGGAAGCUAAGAUUAACAGCUAUUUUAGGCUUACCCCAAAGAACGCGAGCGGUUCUGUCUACGUGUCGCCUGUUUGCUUGGUGUGAAACACCAGGUUCAUGACAGAGCACAGCGUCUUUGGUGGUGCGGGCCUACACCAGACAUCUAUUUCUACUGUGGCAUGGCAGAACGCUUUAAAUGGAGCAGCCGUCACGGGUCCUGUUUCGGCAGAAAACAGGGUCGUAGCUUCGUCGAACUACGACUUAGGGGUUGCUUACGCGGUCGCCCAGGCGCGCAUGCCCGUACAAGCUGUCAACGGAGCACAUCAUCAAUAUGGAUUGACAGGCCGUGCUGCAUUGCACGUUGCUCGUCAAGCCCGGGCCGAUGUGCAACCUGCCCAACAACCAUCGCAGCAGGAAGCACAACUAUGGCAGCUUUAUCAGCUAGGUCUUGCCGACGAUAACAUGGGAGCUUCCGGCGCGGCGAACUUACAGCGCCUGCAGCAGCCACAACAAUACGCCCAGGCCGUAAGGCCGCAGAGUGCACAUGCGGGCAGUGCAGCCAUUGGCACUGCGCGCGCGCUCUUAGGACACCGGGUCCCAACAGCGCAUGGCGCGGGUAACCGGACCCUAGCGGCUGGAAACAUCGGCAUGCACAAUGAUGGAUUGCAACCGGAUACUGGAGGUGCAGCUGCUGGCAUGGUUGCCAUCCUUGGCAACACAUCCCCGCACGCACUUGCUGUCGAGCUUCAACAGCUACAACGCCAGCAGUUGCAACAGCGACAACAGCAGCAGCAGGAACAGCAACAAUUGCUGCAGCAAAGACAGCAGCAACAACAGCAGCAACAGUUGCUGCAGCAAAGACAGCACCAACAUCAGCAACAACAGGUCCAACUCCAACUCCUACAGCAGCUUCGGCUGCGGCAGCAACAACAGCCUGAACAGCCUGUGCAGGCCCGGCAAGGCUCGGGCCUGAACCUCUCGCUAGCCGGUGCCGUACAAACGCAACACCUCAACCGGCACCAACAACCGCAACCGCACCUGCAGCCGGCAGGGGUUCAGGCGCCGCAGCCGCAGCCUCAGCACCAUCCAGUGGGUUUCGCCGGCGCAUCUUUGCAUCCGCACCCACUACCACAAGCCCACCAGCACAACCAAUAUAACGGUCGUUAUAUGCAGCAGCAGCAGCAGCAGCAUCGGCAUCUCCCGCCGCCGCAGCAGCAGCGCAACGGCCCUCGCACGCCCCGCCCGCCCUCCGCCUUCCCUCCAGCUGCCGCCCCCUCCUCCUCUUGCUCCUCCUGCAUCCAACGCUCCCCUGGCGCCUCCACCGGCAUGCCCCUCAGCAUGGCUUGCGGCGGCGCUGCCGCCGCCCCUGGCGCUAACCUCGCGAACGCAGCCGGCGGCAAAGUCAUGAACGCCGCCACCGCCGCUGCCGCUGGCGGCGACUGCUCCGCUCCGGAUCGCUGUCCACAGCGCGACUUGCACGAUGCCGGCGGAAGCUCUGACGGCGGUUGCGGUGGCGCCAACGACGCCGACAAAGACGACGAGGAGGACGACCCAACCGACACGAUACUCUUCCCCAACCACCCCAUCUCCGAAACCGCGGACUCCUGGGCUUCCCUCACCGCCGCGCUGCUUGCGCGCGUGAUGGGCGUCCUCGCCGCUGGGGGCGCCUUACCCUCCCUCGCCCCCUCGCUGCGCUGCGUGUGCCGCCACUGGCGCAGCGUGGUGGAUGCGCACCUGGAGUGCCUCUGCCCCAACACCAUGCGGGUCCGUGUCCUCACCACACGCUUCUCCUCCCUGCGUGCCAUACACCUCGACCACUGCAGCAGAAUCCGCAAUCGAGACCUGCUGCUGCUCUCUCGCGCGCCCUCCGCUCAGCUCCUGCACACCCUCACGCUGGGUGACGACCGUGCGCGCCCCUGGGUCAGCAACCGCGGCCUGGCGUCGGUGUGCCGGCUGACCUCUCUCACCCGCCUCACGUUGCGGGAUUGCAUGUCGUUGACGAACCGCGGCUUGGUUCCGCUGUCCGCGUUGACCGGUUUGACUUGUUUGUCGCUGCGGGGAUGCCGGAAGCUCACGAACCAGGGACUGGAAGCUCUCAAGGGGCUUAGGUUGCUGCAGCAUGUGUCCGUACAUGGUGUCGUACGAUUGUCGGACAAGGGCCUGCUGCCGUUGACGGCCCUGCCCUGCUUGCAAACCCUGGAGCUGGGGCAGACGCGGGUGCGGGACGAGGGUCUGGGGUACGUGGCGCGCAUGCGGGGGUUGCGGGCGCUGGGGCUGACACGGGAAGAGGUGUCGGAUGCGGGGGUACGGCAGCUGAGUGCGUUGUCGGGCCUUACGCGGCUGGUGAUGCGGGACACGGUGGAGGUGGGCGGGGAGACGCUGGCGGCGCUGCUGCCGUCGCUUCGGGAGUUGCAGAUUCUCGACUUGCAACGCAAUUGGUCCUUCAAUAACGUGCAGCUCGCCCGCUGCCUGCCCGCCCUCGCCGCCGCGCCCGCCCUCACCCACCUCGACCUCCGCUCCACUUGGGUGUGUGACGACGGCGUCGCUGCGCUGGCCCGCCUGCCCGCCCUCCGUCGCCUGGCGCUCAGCCCGCAGCACGAACAGUGGAGCAAGUACCUCCCCGUGCUGCCGCAGCUGCAGCUGCUGACAUGUCUGGUGCUCCGAAACCUGCCCCACCUGCCGCACCAACUCAUCGAGGCCCUGGCGGGGAUUCCGGAGCUAAGGGAGCUGGAUCUGGCGCAGGAGCCGCCGCCAGUGACGCUGCCGUUACCCGUGACGGCAGCGGCGGCAGCUGCAGGCGCAGCGGUAGAUGCUCCCCCUGGCGGCGGUGGUGGUGGUGGUGGCGGUGGAGAUACGGCGAGUGGCUGGGCAGCGACAGCGGCGGCGGUGGUGGCGGCGGUGGCAGCGCGGGAGCCGGUGCGGCCCCAGGCGGUGGCGGCGUUGUCACGGCUGCGGUCGCUGAGGCACCUGGACCUGUCACGACGCAAUCUGCACCCCGACCAGGCCCUCUUCCUGGCUCAGUCCCUGCCGGAGUUGCAGCGGCUGGUGCUGCUGCAGUGCCCGCUGCCGCCCGCAGCGGUGGCGCGGCUGUGGCAGCAGCGACCGCAGCUGGUGGUGGUGGCGGGGGCGACGGCGCAGCAGCACUGGGGGCAGCAGCUGCUGCAGCUGCAGCAGCAGCAGGAAGAGGAGGAGGAGGAGCGCAGGAGGAGGCAGGGAGGGGGAGGAGCGGGAGCAGGAGCAAGAGGAGGAGGGGGGCUGGGAGGACUAGGCGGGCUGGGAUGGGGGUUGUGGGAGGAUUGGGAGGGCUUGGGUUUUGCGUGAUGAUGGAGGUUAUGUGGUGCGAUAUUGGCGCGCUACGAAAAUACAAAAGCAAAAGCAGGCAGGCAGGAGGAGCGGGGAGAAUGGGGGAGGGGUACGUGCGCGCCCGGGUCCUCGACUCGCUGGGGCUUCGUAGUGUGGGUGGCUUCACUGGUGGAGGGGGGCUGGGCGGAUUCUGAUGGCACAUGGUGUGCUGCGCAACAACGUCCGUCACUGGUGGAUUAGGGCUGGGUGCAGGUUUGGGGCUUCACAGCUUUGGGAGCUGCCGGAAGAUAGCCUAUAAGCAUUGAUGAUAUUGUGGUGGGGGUCCUGGGGCCUAGUGGGGUGUACCGUAUUACGGAGGGCAGGAGGCGGCGGUGGUGGAGGUCUUGGAUGACAGGCAGGACGCAGGAGAAGUGUGCCGUACUUGGGGUGGGGCGCCGAACCGGACUGUGAUUAAAUGGUGUUGCCACGGUUAGGCGGUACUCUGAUACGGCUCGUGCGAGUACUGCCUGGGAAGGAGGCUGUGCCCCCUUGGGGUUACUGUUUUGAGGGAGGGUGGGUGCAGGGUGGGAUUAUAGAGGAAGAAACGAACUAGGAAGAGAGGGAUGAAAAGGUGGAAACUGACGAGCUGUAUACGGAAGGAGGGUGGGAAGGAGGGUGAGUGGAGGAGUAGAUGUGUGCCAGUCAUGCGCCGCAGGGGAGCACGUGGCACGAGGGGAGGCCAAACGGAUCUCAUCCUGUGUUAAGAAAUCUGGCCGCGAGUAGGAACGUACUGGGAUGGCGGAAGAUCCUGAGUUGCGGGAGGACCCAAAGGAGGCUGUUGCAGCUCAGCGCGGGUGUUGUAGCCAGGCUGUAUGUACGUUAGUGGCGGUGGAAAGAGGCCUAAUGGUGAUGUGGGAUGGUGAGAUUGGUGACGGUGUUAGCUGUCCGCAUCGGGCUCAGGUAUGGGCACAUGUUAAGCUGCUUGGAGGCUUCAUGCAAAAAUAGCGUCAAGAGGCUUGUUGGCUUAUGAGGUUGUGAGAUGGUUUUGCCUAAGGAGAAAGGGGAGCUUUGGGCGGCUUUGCAGAAUGGAGGGUUACAGGUGACGUAUUCGAGAUGGGAAUUGCUGUCUGAAGCAGUCUGAAGGGCUAGGUUUCGGCCAUUGCCUGGGGGAUGUUGUUGCAAUGCGUGGCAGGACCUUGACUCCCAUAGGGCUGUCCGUGCUUCAUGGGACUCUCCUCCUAACCGGUUAUGCUUGGGUGGUGUACCUGUUGUUACUGCCCUAAUAGCUGCGACGAUGUCCAGUAACCGAGACACAUAAACGACAUGCGUGAGGGAAGGAUGAAACGGAAACAUGGAGGGCUCGACUCUUAGUCUUCUACUCGUUUUGCUUUACCAGCCAGCCAGCUGCAUGCGGCGGCAUUACGCCCGUGUCGCUCGGCAUGGGGGCUGCACGCCCUCCCUUGCUCCGGCCUUGGGAAUGGAUCCGGUUUGCUGAUAUGCUGAGAUAUGUUGUUGGUUCGGCCCUGGGUCCCAAAGGCAGGGCUUUGCACUCCUUGACUUGUGUUCACGUCGUGUGUUGCAUCCGACUCGCGGCCAGUUACCUUAACACACACAUUGGUGGCUGGGGUGGAUGUGCGAUUUGAGCCGCGUGCCUGGGAGGUGCCCCUCAAUCGCCCGCAUGGCGUUUCGCAUCCUGUAAGCAAUCACGGUGCAGGCUGCUGCUGCGGUGGUGUUAAUUCGGUAGUAACGCCGCUUAAUUCGGUAGCAACGGUUGUACCUUGGCUAAAUGUGUUGCUGCCUAUAGGCGGCAGGAUCAUGUGUACCGCAGUGGAGCGUUUUUGCCCUUUCAUGACUUGCUUAUGACAACGACAACAUUAACAUAAUAUGGUACCAUGCUUCUAUAGGCUGU